UCCACGUGUGGAACGAGGCUUGGAUGGCCCGGCCCGACCUCCCCCCGGGGUACGGAGGUUGGCAGGUGGUGGACUCCACUCCACAGGAAACAAGCGAAGGAGUGUUCCAAUGCGGUCCGUGCCCUGUGGUUGCCGUUAAAAACGGACAGGUUUACUUGCCGUACGACACCAAAUUCGUGUUUGCCGAAGUGAACGCGGACAAGGUGUACUGGAAGGAGACCGAGUGGGGUUACUAUGAUUAUCUGAGACAUGAGAAGAGAUCUAUAGGAUUCAACAUCAGCACCAAGCAAGUUGGCCUCAACGUGAGAGAAGACGUCACAGAGAACUACAAACAUCAGGAAGGUACUGACCAGGAGCGAGCUGCAGUUCGCGCCGCUGUGGAGCAUGGCAGUACACCAUGGACUUACGAAAGUAUCAUCACGCAUGAAGACGUAGAGUUUUCUAUCAGUGCUGAUGAAGAGGUUUACGUUGGUCAAGACGUUAACGUGACCUUGACCAUCAAGAACACGGGUUCGGAAUCUCGCCACGUCACUGCCCACCUGACUGCCUACGCCACGUACUACACCGGCGUGCUGGGUGCAGAACUGGGAGAACUGGAGCAGGACGUGACAAUUGCAGCAGGAGGAGAGGACUCUGUCAAGAUGACGUUCACUCCGAGGGAGUAUUUGGACAAGCUGGUUGAGCAGGCCAUGGUCAAGGUGUUUGUGCUGGCUCACGUGGACACCACCAAACAGGUGUGGGCCGGGCAAGACGAUAUCCGUCUCCUCAGCCCUGAUCUCGUCAUCACGGCACCAUCGGAGAUGACCGUGGGUCAACAGUCGGUUGUGAGAGUGGAGUUCACUAACCCGUUAGACGUCAAGCUGACACAGGCAGUGUUCCGUAUCGAGGGUCCCGGACUGCAGAGGCCGAAGGCGAUUUACUACGGAACCAUCAUGCCUGGGAAACAAGCCACUGUCACAGAAUUCAUGACACCUAUGAGGGCCGGGAAGAAGACCAUCGUGGCUUCCCUCACGUCCAACAAGCUCCAGCAGGUCACCGGGGAAAAGGAAGUCGAAGUGAAGCGGGCCUAAAACCCGGCCCGGGGCCUAAUACCGGGUCUACGCAUGAAGUUUACAACUUGAUCAUGUCUAUUUGACCAACAGGGUUGGACAAGUCCACUAGUCCGAUUGUCGAGGGCAAGUAAAAGUGCUGUUUGAGCAAUCAUAUGUCUUAUCCCGCUGCUGAUCAGGCAAGUAAGAUAUUACCAUGAGCGAGAUUUACUUGAUGUGACUAGAUGUUACUUUUCACAGUUUCACAUCAUCAAGCAUUGGCCAACACAGUUAAAUAGAGCCAAUGAUAAAAGAAUUACAUUGAUUGUUAGAAAGGAAGUGAAAAUAUAUAGAAAAAUGUCAUUUCAAUUUAGGGCAAGUGAAAAGUUGAUUCGGGCAAGUAAUUUUUAUGUACUGUACUAGCUCGAUGAGACACGUGGAUUUUAGAAAACCUGCCCAACCCUGAGCAAUCAUUCAUAAAAAGCUAUCAAUCCUCGCUUGACUUGCUUCAAAACGAUAUUAGCGUGAGUUUCAUGGUUGGUGCCUAGAGUUAAGAUUGAAUACCUUAGCAUUGGUCAACAAAAUGUGGCUGGUAUUUUAAAGUAGGAAAGGUGAUAAUGCCAAUGGGGGAAUUAGCAAAAACGUCGGUGUUUUACAAUGAAUUGCUUAGGAUCUAGGACGAUUGGUUUAAUCGGAAUGGGCUUGCCGAUCGCUAUUGCAUUAUUGCGCGAGAGUCUGUUUGUAGUGAUGACACGUUUGGUAGACAACGAUCAAUAUUAUAGUUUCAGAAAUGUUUUAUGAAGAAAUUUGGGAAAAUGUGCUAGAAUCUAUAAGAAGAAUUAGGAACCUAUGAUAUGUAACUCUUCAGCUUCAACAGCGAUUUGCUAACUUCAUACAAAUGAACGAUAGAGAUUAUAAGAUUAGCUGGGUACAAAGUAAUGGUCGUUUCUGUAACAACAAUACGGUUUACAAUGAUGAGCAAACAGCAUUUCAUUAAAGACAGUUGUCAUUUGGUGUCUAUUUUUUUGCAUUCUUAAAACUUACAUUCCGAUGAUUGUAGGUACACGAAAUAGUGUUGUUGUCAAACCAUAUAGUACUUGAAAUUGAAUUAUACCGCCCAACCGUGCAACGCAAACCAACCAACCAACCAACCAACCAACCAACC